AUGCCUCCCCAUCAAGAUCCGUCCACCGAUGUCACACCGCCAAGUAUCCGCAAGCAACUCUCCACACUCAUCGAUAUUUCUACUGCUCUUGAUGCAAUUAUCACACAAAUGGCCACCGUGAACACCCUCAUAAGCAUUCAAACCGGAACCAUGGCCAAACUCAUCCUGCCUCCACCUCCACGUCCACCAGCGAAUCAACAACCAAGGCCGCCGCCGCCGACAUCCACAUCGUCACUGCCGCCGCCACAACAGUCGUUAUUGCCAUCGCCGCCUCCAAAACCAUUGAAAUCGCCCAUGGCAACUAAAAAAUAA